AUGGUUUCAAUAGAGCCAAGUUCCAAAGAGAAAGAAAAACUGAGAAGUGCUGGCAAUGAACUACUUGAACAAUUAGAUAUAAACUUAGAAGUCUCUAUCGGGAUUGAAAAUUCCCCUGAGAGUGAUGAAAUGAAAAGUUAUAGGCAGGAAGAGCUUGAAAAUCAUGAAAAUUACCAGAAUCUUUCUGAAGAUUCAAUAGAUGGCAUACAGGAUAUUUUAAAAUCUCCUUGCUCUCCAGCAUUCCACUCCCCAGGUUUAAAAAACUCUUUUGAAAUCAUUCAUAAUGACCUAGAGCCGCUUGAAUAUGAAGAAUUUGAAUUUCAUAUAGAAUCAGAUGAGGAUAAAGAAGACACUUCUAAGCAAUCAGUAAAAGAAUUUUUUGAUCUUAGCCCAAAAGAUUCUGAAAAUUUUCAUUCCAUUUCUGAAAUACCGCUUAAUUUUUCUGUUGAUAACGCUAAAGAAGUCCUGGUUUCAAAUCAAGAUCCUAAUGAAAAUCAUAAAGAAAGGUUUCUUGAUAUCAUAAGAGAGUCGAUUUCUAAAUUAAAAAUAAAAUGGCUAAACUGUCAUAAGUGGGCAAGUCGAUUAGUUUUUGGCUCGCCUAGGCUCCAAAGUCGGAUUCAAAUAACGAAAAUGGAAGAUUACCAUUUUGGAUUUCUAAUCUGAGUCACCUGUCCAAAGGGUCAGCUCUCUACACAAUCUGGAGUGGGCCCUGGUGGUCCCAACUAGAAGACAAAACUUGUCUAAUCCAUCUGGCAGGGACAGGAAAACCUUCAGGGAGAAGCAAAACUUCCUCUCUUCAGCAGGAUCUCCAAGCCUGAUGACUAUUUCAAAAAUGGACAGAUGCCCUAUUUUCAGCUUUAAAUAAUGAGCCAUACCAGAUCGAUAGGAGGCGCCUCGGAUUUCUUCUUUCGCCAAUUUAUUUUUCCCCGAUUUCUCAAGGAAUCCAAACUGAUCCUGCUCAAAUUGAGAUAUCAAAUAUUCCAAGCGUUUUAAUGCAAAGCAUCAGAGAUAUUUUGAAAGAAGAGCUUCAAAAAGCGUCAAAUUUAGAAAAAAAUCCACAAAAUAGAAUAACCUUUAUUGCUGAACCUUUAAAAAAGCCUAUAAUACAGCUGCAGCAUGAAAAAAGAAACCCACAGCCUAUUAUUCAAGCUGACUGCUCUGGGGCUAAAUAUAAAAGACCUACAGGCAAAGAAAUCCAGAAAAAAGUAUUACAAUUGAAAGAGUUAGGGUUCAAGAGCCCAGUUAAAGCCAUUUCAGCACUUGCGAAAACAAAUUACGAUGUUAUGAUGUCAGUAGAGAUUUUAUUGAAUAACUAG